AUGGAUCUCGCAAACACCCUCAUCCGCAGCGUCGUGCGCGCCUUCUACGAGACCCGCCACAUCCUCGUAGUAGAUGCGCUCUUCAUCCACUCCGUUCUACACGCAGAAGACCUUGCAUUCCUCCUAGGUAUGCAACAAAAAGACCUACGGAAACUCUGCGCCAAGUUGCGCGAAGACCGCCUCAUCUCCGUGAGCACGCGGGCUGAAAUCCGUGAUGGCUCAACACGUCCCGUGAACCGCGAAUACUACUACAUCCCACUGCACCCCGUCGUCGACGCGAUCAAAUACAAAGUCUCGAAGCUCACCUCCACAAUAAAAGCCCAAUACACACCCAGCCAAGAGCGCAAGGAAUACAUCUGCCUCCGCUGCGGCUCCGAAUGGACCGAACUCGACGUCCUCAGUCUCUACAGCGAAGAAGGCUUCGAAUGCCAAAACUGCGGGGCGAUUCUCGAACGUACCGAAGAUGUCAAAGGCGCCGAAGGCAUCGACAGAACCGGACACGAGAAAAACAGCAAACUCAUGAAUCAACUGGACACGAUGCUCAAACUCCUCAAACAAAUCGACUCUGUCGAAAUCCCCCCCAAUGACUUUGAUACAGCCUGGGACCAUAAAAUCGACGUCGUCCGGAACCAGCAAACCCACCCCACGCGAGCAGCAGUCAUCGUGCCCUCGAAGCAACAACAAGAAGCCGUCCGCGGAAAUACCAAGACCGACGCCACCGCCCUCGAAAUCUCCCUCACUUCCAGCGAAGAGAAAUCCGCCGCCGAACAAGCCGCCGAAGCGGCGCGCAAAGCGGCAGUCGAGAAACAGAACGCCCUGCCAGUCUGGCACACCCACUCCACGGUGUCCACGUCCGCGGGCGGCGGGCCGCAGGUCAAAUCCGAGACCGACGUCGACAUUAAACCGGAGAUCAAGGGCGAAGACGAAGACCGGAAACCGGAGAUCAAUGGUCUGGAUGACAAGGUCGCGGCGUACUAUGCUGAGAUGGAGCGCGAGAAGGCCCUCCAGGCACAGGAAGACGCAAGCAGUGCGGAAGAGGACUCCGAUGAGUUCGAUGAGUUCGAGGACGUGGGUGUGUCGGCUAGUGAUGCGGGUGGUUCUCCUGCUGUUAAUGCUACGCCUACGCCUGGUGGAGGCCCUACCAGUGCACCGAUGCAGCAAACUUCGACUACAUCAUCGGUAGGCAUCAAGCGGGAGUUGGAUACGGAUUACUCGAGCGUCAGUACGUCUCAGACAGCAGCGGCGACGCCAGCCACAGGAAGUGAUGAAGGCCCGACGGCGAAGAAGAUCAAGACUGAACCGGAGGUCAAGAAAGAAGAAGAGUCGGAUGAGGACGACGAUGAGGAGUUUGAAGACGUGUAGUAUUCGAUUACUGUGUGACUUGUAUUUUGCAUCUCGGUAUGGGCGCGGGCGCCCUCCACACCUUUUAUUCCAGAGUCUUAACGGCC